AUGAAUCAAAAUCAUUCUUCUUCCUCUUCUUCUUCUAAUUUGACAACAACAACCCCAACAAAUAAUUCAACAUAUUAUUCAAAUAAUAAUUUGAAUUUUAAUAAUUUAAUUGAAGAAGAAAGAUUUUUAAAUUUCAAUAAUUCUUUAAAUAAUUACGAAUUUAAUAAUAAACAAAAAUUAUUUAUUAAAGACCACCAAAUUAAAAAUGAAGAAGAAUUAAAUAAUUUAUUAUUAGAACAACAACAACAAAAUAAUGAAUUUAAUCAAAAUUUAAUUGAUGUCAACAAUGCCUCAGCUUCUGUUGGAAAUGCUUCGUCAGGUGACUUCUUCUCUCCUCUCCACCAACUUUUAAUGCCUUCUUCCCACCAACAACAACAACAUUUACACCAUCCUGGGGAACCUUCAGGGUCUUCUUCAUAUUUUUGUUGUACUGAUACAACGGCUUCUUCAGCUCCAGCAGACCCUCGGCCCUCAGGUUCUAUUGCUGAACGUCGACAACAUUAUAAAGCGUUAAAAUUUUAUUUUAAAAAUAUUUUUUUAAUUUAA